AUGUCCAUCAGGGAGUUUAAAGAAGAUCAAUUCGAAAUAUAUGAACAAUUAGGAAGAGGUGCUUUUGGUGUCGUUUACAGGGCUUUUGAUAAAGUCCAGAAGAUGGAUGUUGCGGUUAAGCAAGUUGAUCUAGAAAGCAGCGAUGAAAUGAGCGAAAUCGAACAAGAAAUAAGAAUGCUAUCUACUUGUCAUAACGAGUAUGUGACCAGGUAUUACGGCUGCUUUUUAAAAGGAUCGAAACUUUGGAUUAUUAUGGAAUAUCUAGGUGGUGGCUCAUGUUCCGAUUUACUUGAAGCAGGACCAUUUGCAGAAAAGGAAAUUGGACUGAUACUGUAUCAGAUUCUUCAAGGCUUAGAAUAUUUGCACAGUCAUGGGAAAAUUCAUCGUGAUAUCAAGGCUGCCAACAUACUAGUUGGAAAUACGGGAGAUGUAAAAAUAGCAGACUUUGGAGUGGCAACCCAGCUAUCAAAUAAUCUUUCCAGACGAAAUACCUUUGUGGGGACACCAUACUGGAUGGCGCCGGAAAUAAUAAAGCAUAAAGAGUACACAUUUACCGCUGAUAUUUGGUCAUUAGGAAUUACAGCGAUAGAAUUGGCAUAUGGAAAACCUCCGCUCUCACAAUAUCAUCCAUUCGAUGUCUUAUUCAGAAUAACCGAUGAUCCACCACCAACAUUAGGCUCAUCAUUUAGUGAUGAAUUCAACAGUUUUGUAAACAAUUGUCUUCAAAAGGACCCACAGAGAAGACCUAGCGCAAAAGAGCUUCUGAAGCAUAAGUUUAUCUGUAAAUACGCAAAAAGUGAUCGCCAAAUCUUAAUGACUUUAAUACGGAAGAAAGUGCAAUGGGACUUUGAAUCCGGAAACGUUGAUAUGAAGUAUUAUAUUCCAUCCAAUGUGCCUGCCCAAUCAACAUUAAAAACACCAUUUGAUCUAGGAACAAUUACACAAGUAGGAUACAAAAAAGACGUACAAAAGCAUAACCAGGAAUCCAGAAAUCCAUCCCAAGAAUUAGCAUCAGAGGCAGUAUCUAGUAAACAAAAUGUGAAGCCAUCUUCGUAUACCUCAGAUCACAAACAGACAAUCAAGCUCGUUCCUCAAUCGCCGCUUAAAAGGAAUGUGAAUGUAACUUAUGAUGAUGAUCACCAGCUUAGAAAGGAGAUGAACAGUAUUCUCAAUCAGUCCUUUAAUAAAAUAUCGCAUAAAUUCGAUCUUUCUACCUACGAGUAUGACAAUUUGGCCAGAUUCCAAACAACAUUGAUGGAUUCUUUGUUUCUAGAUGAGGAUCAUAGAUAUAGAGAAGUUUUUGCCAAAUUCUUGAAGCUAAUUCUUAAAAGAGUGAUGAAAUCACAUGAUCCAGCAUUGAAAGAGAGAAUUAUGCCUCGCUACUACUAUAAUAUGGAGCGUGAAUGGACGAAAAUGGAAGCCAAAAAGCAAAGUGAGCAAAAACAAAUUAAUGGAGGUAUAUUUAAUGGUAGAGAUGAGGUUGAAGAGUUGUUACUUACAAGAUGGGCAGAAGGAAUGCUUGAUAGGGGUAAAACAUAA